AUGGACUGUGUUGAUGAAAUAACCAAUGCAUGGAAUAUCGAUGUUAAGCCUGAAACCAUCUCUAAUUGUUUUAGAAAAGCCGGCUUCGGUCAAUAUUCUGAAUGGGAGGAAGAAGAUGACAUUCCUUUGGUUUUCAUAAGCGAACGCAUAAAAGAAAGGAGUAAGGAAGAAAUUCAACUGCAGAAUGAAUAUGAAGCUUGGCAAAAUAUCAAAGAGUUUCCCACAGAUGAAGAUAUUGUGGAGCUAUUGGGAUCUAAAUCCGAAUUUGAGCAUGAUAGCGAAAGUGAUAUAGAAGAUGAUUUGCAAGAUGAUAUGCUGCAACCAGUUUCAAACGAGCUAGUUGCAAAUUCGUUCAAGAUUUUGCGGUCAUAUUUAAAAACCAAUGAACAUACAACCGAUUCUCUGUACAAUGGUUUAAAUAAUAUUGAAGCUUUUUUUGAAGAUCAUAAUAAAAAAUCCUCUCGUCAAUGA